AUGGACCUCAUGGAUGCAGUAUUAGCGGCAAAAAUUGAGGCACCCGGGCUCCCUCCUCUCGUAUUGCGCUACCAGAAUUGCCACUAUUCCGCUAUUAAUCACUCUGGGAGUUCCAGUCUGUUGCCCGACUUGGUGGCGGAGACAACAUCACUUGAGCAGACGGCUGCUGGUACGUCGGUGUGUCCGGUUACUCAGGAGGCGACGGCGCCUGUACCCGAGACGUCUGGACAGCUAGCAGGGAUACUAGUCUUACGGGAUGACUUUAUCGACGCGUCAACGGAGGUCCUGAGUAGACAUAGACCGGACGAUUGCAACGCGCGAGCACUGGUGGAGCGGCAGGUUAGCUGUUCUACGAUUCCCUCAGCGCCUCCAGCAAGGAUGCGACCCCCUCCCCCCACUGAUCGUAAAAGGGCGCUUGUGGCGUCUCAAAUUUUGCAGAUAUCAGAUGGGACGGACAGGUCGCAGCGCGCCAAGGAAGCGGUAGCUAAGAGAGAAGGCGAGACCCAGGGCCUCAGCUCCCCCAGGCGAUGA